CGCUCCCGGGGCGUAUCCCAGCUUGCGCCGGAGUCACCGAGGUUCCCCCCAGCACCGGAAGUGACCCUGGCGGGUUACCCUUCAAAUUCUCGGCCAGUGGAAGCAGCGCCCUGAGGCUGGUGACGGUUGGACGAGGCAGUGCUGGGUCCGUGAGCACAAAACAGGGUGGUUGAGGCAGGACAGGGCAGGGCCCUCCUUCCUCGCUGCCCGGAGCCCCGCUCGGCCCUCCCGCUCCGCCUGCCGCUGGGCGGUUUCCCGAGGAGCCUCGGAGACACAGCUUAUAAUUGAGCAUGAGUCUUCUUAUGAUUAGUGAGAAUGUAAAAUUGGCCCGUGAAUAUGCAUUGCUGGGAAAUUAUGACUCUGCAAUGGUCUAUUAGCAGGGAGUUCUUGAUCAAAUGAACAAGUAUCUAUACUCAGUCAAAGAUACAUACCUCCAGCAGAAAUGGCAACAGGUUUGGCAGGAAAUAAAUGUGGAAGCUAAACACGUUAAGGAUAUCAUGAAAACACUAGAAAGCUUUAAACUAGACAGCACUCCAUUAAAAGCUGCACAGCAUGAGCUUCCAGCGUCCGAGGGAGAAGUCUGGUCCCUGCCUGUACCUGUUGAACGAAGACCCUCACCAGGACCUAGAAAACGCCAGUCGUCUCAGUACAGUGACCCUAAACCACAGAGUAACCGUCCAAGUACAACUGUCAGAGUUCACCGUCCGUCCGCACACAGUGUUCACAAUGACAGAGGGAAAGCUGUUCGUUAUCGGGAAAAGAAAGAACAGAAUAAAGGAAGAGAGGAAAAGAACAAAUCACCUGCUGCAGUUACAGAACCAGAGACAAAUAAAUUUGAUAGUACUGGAUACGAUAAGGACUUAGUAGAAGCUUUGGAAAGAGAUAUAAUUUCUCAGAAUCCCAAUGUUCGAUGGGAUGAUAUUGCUGAUUUAGUAGAAGCUAAAAAGUUGCUUAAGGAAGCUGUGGUGUUACCAAUGUGGAUGCCAGAAUUCUUCAAAGGCAUUAGGAGACCAUGGAAAGGAGUGUUGAUGGUUGGCCCACCUGGCACAGGAAAGACCCUCCUUGCUAAAGCAGUAGCUACUGAGUGCAAGACAACGUUCUUCAAUGUCUCUUCAUCAACUCUGACUUCCAAAUACAGAGGAGAGUCUGAGAAGCUUGUUCGUCUUCUGUUCGAGAUGGCUCGAUUUUACUCUCCAGCCACCAUAUUUAUUGAUGAGAUAGAUUCCAUUUGUAGCCGCAGAGGGACUUCCGAAGAGCACGAGGCAAGCAGAAGGGUGAAAGCCGAGCUGCUGAUUCAGAUGGACGGUGUUGGAGGUGCUUCUGAAAAUGAUGACCCUUCCAAAAUGGUUAUGGUUCUGGCAGCUACUAAUUUUCCCUGGGAUAUUGAUGAGGCUUUAAGACGACGUCUUGAAAAAAGAAUCUAUAUUCCAUUGCCAUCAGCAAAAGGCAGGGAGGAGCUAUUACGAAUAAGUCUACGUGAGCUGGAAUUGGCUGAUGAUGUUGACCUUGCAAGUAUAGCAGAAAACAUGGAAGGUUAUUCAGGUGCGGACAUUACCAACGUGUGCAGGGAUGCAUCCUUGAUGGCAAUGAGAAGGCGUAUUGAAGGUUUGACCCCAGAAGAAAUCAGAAAUCUUUCAAGAGAAGAAAUGCACAUGCCUACAACUAUGGAGGAUUUUGAAAUGGCUUUAAAAAAGGUUUCUAAGUCAGUAUCUGCUGCAGACAUUGAAAGAUAUGAGAAGUGGAUAUUUGAGUUUGGAUCAUGCUAAAUUCUCGCAUGUAAACUGUGAGAAACCUGCAUUAAGUGUUUGAAUAAUAAUUAAAAGUAGUGUGUCAUUGCA